UUUUAUAAAACACGGGCAAUGAAAAGUGUAACGCCAACGAGCCGGAUAUGACAUAUGUUCGUAACUAUAAGCUGCGUCUCUGAUUGGCUCUUCGAGUAAGUGUCGUUCAUUGCCAUUGUCGGUAACGAAUGAGCACCAGGAGAGCACCCCGUCGCAUUUUUACCUCUCAAAAGAGAGGCCAGCCAGUGGGUAGAGGAUGGCGGCUGAACCAGGAGCAACGGCGACAAGUGCAGGAAGAGAAGGAAGGGGAGGGGAGACAUGACGCCGUUCCCCGGGGCACAUGCACGUCAAUGUGCCCAGCUCGUGAGAUGCACGACCGGGAAGCGCAAAGCCGACUGCACCACUUCGAGAUGUUGGCUGGCACAGAGAGAGAUCGCCGGCCAAGGGCAGACCAUUCACGAAUGGUGAAGGAGUACUCGAGACCUGCGGCAGGUAAAGACUCCACGCGACCCAGUGACCUCCGGCCGCCAGCCGUGCUGCAGAAGACUGUGUGCUUCCUCAUAGACGACAUCGCCGCCUCCGGUGACCUGCAGCCGUGGACGGAGGUGUACGACUUUAUAUUUGACCGUCUGCGGAGCGUGCGCCAGGACAUGAUCAUCCAGCGGGUGAGCGGUCGGGACUGCGUGGCGGUGCUGGAGCCCACGGUGCGUUUCCUCCUCUACUCUUCCUACCGCCUGUGCGGUGAGCCACUGCGCCGCUACGACCCGCGCAUCAACGACACCCACCUGCAGGAGAGCCUGAGCUGGCUGCUGGACUGCUAUGCCAGCGGGCAGCACCCUCACCAGGAGGAGUUCCAGGCCCUUAGCCUGCUGUAUAACCUGGGUUCGGCCCGUGCCAUGCAGCACAGCUUGGAGCUCCCCGCCCACGUCCGCUCCUCCCCGGCCGUGAGCCUGGCGCUUGCCAUCAACCGGGCCUUCCUGGAGCGCAACCCCGUACGGCUGCUCCGAUUGGCUGGGAGGUUGGACUUCCUGCAGAGCUGCGCCCUCCACCGCCACCUGGGGGCGCUGCGCCGAGACCUGCUGCUGCUUUACAGCCACGGGCACAGCAGCCGCAACUGCCGCUUCCCCCUCCCCAGGCUGGCCCGCCUCCUGGGCCUGGACGCCCCCCUCGCCUCCCAGCUCUGCCUGGCCCACGGGGUGGGGCUCAGCCAGGACACGGUGGUCUUCUCCAAGGCCUCCUUCGUGGAGCCGGAGCCCGGGGAGCUACGAUGCCCGCUGUUUCACGGCCUGGUGGAGCUGAAGCAGAGAGAUCGAUCGGUUCGUAGCAUUAUUCACGGUCACGCCUGAGACGACCUCAAUAGACAGAAUUGCUGACUGUUGGUUUUAAUGUGACGGCCACUCAGAGAUAAUCCUGCCCUGACUGAAUUCAAGUAUUUUUGUGUUCCUAAAAAUGCAGUUUUAAAGUUGAUGUUCUGUUUCGUUUUUUUAAUGUAUGACUGUUACAUGAAUGUUGAAUGACAAAAAAUAAUGCAGAUGCAUCUUUAAACUUUGCGUGUCUUUUUCAAUAAACAAGCCCUACACAGGCAA